AUGAAGCCGGCGAAGCGCGUAGCUGUCAUCGGCCUCGGCCCGGCCGGCGCCAUCACCAUCGACGCCCUCGCCCAGGAGCAGGCCUUUGACACCAUCCGCCUUUUUGAGAGACGAGAGGCCCCGGGUGGAUGUUGGCUCGGCGAAACGAAACCGCCGCCCAUCCUCCAGCCCGCCGAGCUCCCCCUCCUCGCCGCCCGGACGGCAGACCCCCAACACCCCGCCAUCCCCGCCGUCCUCCCCUCUCUGGCCACCUCCUCCUCGCCCGGCCACCCGCGCUACGCCGAGUCCACCGUCUACCCUUACCUCGAGACCAACGUCGACUACGUGCCGAUGCAGUACACCCAGGAGCCCUUCCCCGCCGCCCAGACCCCGCUCUCCCGCGCCCUGCACGGCGAGGACACCCCCUUCCGCCACUGGUCCCUCGUCCGGGACUACGUCGCCUCCCUCGUGGACCGGCGCGGCUACGACCGCCUCGUGAGCUACAACACCACCGUCGAGCGCGCCGAGAAGGUCCAGCGGGUCCCCAACUCCGCCGCAGCCGCCGCCGGAGGAGGUGAGAGAGGAGUAAAAGUAGAAAAAGAAGGGAAAGAAGAAGCAGAAGAAGAAUGGAAGCUCACCCUCCGCAAAUCGGACCCCGCCUCCUCAACGGACUCCUGGUGGGAGGAGCGUUUCGACGCCCUCGUCGUCGCGUCGGGCCACUACUCCGUCCCCUACAUCCCCCCGACCCCGGGCCUCGCCGCCUUCGCCGCCUCCCGGCCCCCCGGGAGCGUCAUCCACAGCAAGCACUAUCGCGGCCGCGCCGCCUACCUGGACCGGACCGUCGUCGUCGUCGGCGCCUCCGUCUCCGCCGCCGACAUCGCCACGGACCUCACCGCCGUCGCCCGCGCCCCCGUCACCGCCGUCGUCCUCGGCCACACCCCCAACGGCUACUUCGGCGCCGAGGCCUUUGAGCACCCCCUGGUCCGCAAGGCGCCCUCCAUCGCCCGCGUCGACGCCGCCUCCAGAACGGUCCACUUCGUCGACGGGUCCUCCGUCUCCGGCGUCGACGACAUCAUCUUCGGCACAGGGUACACCUGGACCUUGCCCUUCUUCGACAAUCCUCCUCCUUCGCCGACGACAACGACGAUGUCGAGACCCGGAAAGAAGACCGCCGCCGCCGCCGCCCUUUUACCGACCCCCAGAAACAACCGCAUCCCGAACCUCUACCUCCACACCAUCUACACCCCGGACCCCACCAUCCUCUUCGUCGGCGCCGUCAACGCCGGCCUGACCUUCAAGGUCUUCGAGUACCAGGCCGUCCUCGCCGCCCGCCUCCUCGCGGGCCGCGUCCCGCCGGACCGCCUCCCCGACGCCGAGGCCCAGCGCGCCUGGGAGGCCGACCGCGUCGCCAGCCGCGGCGACGGCCCCAGGUUCGCCCUCGUCUUCCCGGACUUCCCCGACUACUUCGAGACCCUCCGACGCCUCGCCGGCCCGCCCACCGACGACGGCAAGGGCAGGCGCCUGCCGCCCUACAACCCCUUCUGGUUCGAGAGGUUCAUGGCCGGCCACGAGAGGCGCAAGGCCAUGUGGCGGCGCCUGAAUGCCGAGGCGAAGGAGGCCCUGGGGGGGGAGCCAAGGGAUGGCGGGCAGGGGGACGUCGCGCGCGCCAAGCUGUAG